AUGGCAGUUGGAAAAAAUAAAAGAGUUAGCAAGGGUAAGAAAGGUUCAAAGAAGAAGGUAGUGGACCCCUUCACGAAGAAGGAAUGGUACAACCUGAAAGCACCAGUAGUGUUCAACGUGCGCAAUUUCGGACAAACGCUGGUCACGAAGACAAUUGGUACGAAACUAGCAACAGACGGCCUCAAGGGAAGAGUAUUUGAAAUGAGUCUGGCAGAUUUAAACGCAGACGAAGAUCAAGCGUACCGCAAGAUAAAGCUCUCAUGCGAGGACGUACAAGGAAGGAACUGCCUGACAGACUUCCACGGAUCAAGCGUGACGAGAGAUAAGCUAUGCUCGCUGAUAAGAAAAAACUACACGCUGAUCGAAGCAUUUGCAGACGUGAAGACGCUGGACGGAUACCACCUGAGAAUGUUCUGCGUAGGAUACACGAAGCGUAGACCGGGGCAGCUCAAGUCAACUUGUUACGUAAGAUCGAGCAAGGUGCGCAUGAUACACAAGAAAAUGGUAUCAGUGAUGACGAACGAGGCCUCGAACAGCACUUUGAGAGAACUCGUGAAGAAGGUGAUACCGGAGUCGAUAGGAAAGGAGAUCGAGAAGGCAUGUAAGUCAGUGUUUCCACUGCAGAACGUGUUGGUGAGGAAGAUCAAGGUGCUCAAGAAGCCGAAGUUCGACCUGACGAAGCUGAUGGAAGCACACAACUACUCACCAGACGAGGAGCUGCAGGCGUUGAAGCUGAAGGAGUCAGAUAGUGCAACAAACCUGCUGACGGCAGAGUUGCAGGCAUCCUAA